AACUGAGAGAGGAGGGAGAUGAUUAUCCAGUGAAAUAUCUGGCCUAAAGCUUUAGUUAGCUCUCUUUUAAAACCCCAAUUACAACAGCAAGGACAUGAUGUACCACACCUCACAUUAUAUUACUUAUUAAAUCACAAAACACACUUUAAAUCGGGGAAAACAACGUGUUUCUUGCACACAUCAGUUAAAAAAAAGCUCCGUUGCCAUAGUUACUCCAGAGAGAGCGAGAGGGGCGAGCCUGCUCACGGUGACGUAGCAAAGAUGGCGACCACAAUGCAGAGUGAUUCAAGCUGAGUGAGUCCGUUUACUGUGAAUCUGCUGAUUGUUCAUCAUCUUCAUCAGAGAGUCACGAUGGCCCUCAAUGUCUUUGAUCAUGAUGAAUACAGGCCACCGGUGUGGAAGUCUUACUUGUACCAGCUCCAGCAGGAGGCGCCUCACCCACGCAGACUCACCUGCACCUGCGAGGUGGACAACCGACCUAAAUACUAUGGAAGAGAGUACCAUGGGAUGAUCUCAAGAGAAGAGGCCGACCAGUUGCUAAGUCAGGCCGAAGGCAGCUACCUCAUCAGAGAGAGUCAGAGACAGCCGGGCACGUACACGCUGGCUCUAAGGUUUGGGAACCAGACAAGAAACUUCCGUCUCUACCAUGACGGGAAACACUUUGUUGGAGAGAAGAGGUUCGAGUCCAUCCACGACCUGGUCACAGACGGCCUCAUCACACUCUACAUUGAGACAAAGGCGGCGGAGUACAUCGCUAAGAUGACCAUAAACCCCAUCUAUGAACACGUGGGCUACACCACCCUGAACCAGGAGCCCACCCUGAAAAAACACCUGCCUCAGAGCCCCGAGGCUCCAGAUGGACCCGCUCCGGCCAAAGACGACCGCAACGCCGAGGAGAGGCUCACAUCGCUGGUGCGGCGGGCCACCCUGAGGGAGAGCGACUUGGCGCCCAAGUACGAGAAGGUCCACAACUUCAAGGUUCAUACAUUCAGAGGCCCCCACUGGUGUGAGUACUGUGCCAACUUCAUGUGGGGUCUCAUCGCUCAGGGAGUCAAGUGUGCAGACUGUGGGUUGAACGUCCAUAAGCAGUGCUCCAAAGUGGUGCCGAACGACUGCCAGCCGGACCUGCGGCACGUCAAGAAGGUGUACAGCUGCGAUCUGACGACGCUGGUGAGAGCCCACAACACCAAGAGGCCCAUGGUGGUCGACAUGUGCAUACAGGAGAUCGAGGCAAGAGGUCUCCAGUCAGAGGGUUUGUACAGGAUAUCAGGCUUCAGUGAGCUGAUCGAAGAUGUCAAGCUGGCCUUUGACAGAGACGGAGAGAAGGCGGACAUUUCCUCAAAUGCUUACGAGGACCUCAACAUCAUCGCCGGGGCCCUCAAGCUCUACUUCAGAGAGCUGCCUAUUCCCCUCAUCACAUAUGACGCCUACCCACGCUUCAUAGAAACAGGACAGAUCGCAGACCCGGAAAAACGUCUGGAGUCUCUCCACGAGUCCUUGAAGCUGCUGCCGCCAGCUCACUGCGAGACGCUGCGAUACCUCAUGGCUCACCUCAAGAGAGUGACCGAGUACGAGAAGGACAACCUCAUGUCCAGCGAGAACCUGGGUAUCGUCUUCGGCCCGACACUGAUGAGGGCCCCCGGGCUGGACGCCAUGACAGCGCUCAACGACAUCCGAUACCAGAGACUCGUGGUGGAGACGCUCAUUAAAAACGAAGACGUGUUGUUCUGAGAGGAGGGGAGGGAUUCUUCCACUGAGGAGAGGAAGGACAAAAGUUGACUUUUUACUCGGAAAUGAAGAAGAAACAAGGAACUUGUGUCUUGAUAGAGAAGACAGCAAGGACAACAAUGAAGGACUAUUUGCAAUGAAGGAAAUUAUUAAAAAUAAUAGAUGGAAGGCUGCAGUGUUUCCCUACAAUUAGCAGAUCCAAAAUUUGAAUUAAAUUGUAAAAGUACGCAGAUGGACCUGCCCUUUAAUUAAACACCACUUUGUCAAUGUAGAGGAAACACUGUGUGAUCCAUCUUUAUGUCAAUAUCUUUCUUAAAUGGAUGCCUUGACAGUUUUUUAGUUUUCUUCACCCCACUUAUUUUAGGCGUCACAGUUGAGGGGGGUAAAAAAAAUUAUCUAGCAUUGUUAGCAUUCACCACAGAAACCAAACGAGCCACCGAUGGUUUCAGCGAAAAAUGCAAUAAUGCUGCUUUCUAAUCAGUGUUUUCCCUCAGACUCUGGCGGUAAGAUAUUAGUUUGCUUGCUCUGUGUCAAGAUAUCCCUUUAAUCCUCCUCAACUUCAUAACUGUAGACAGCUGGAUGAAUGACUGAAUGGAAAAAAGGGACCCAUAAUGCACACACAUUCCUCUGAAUGGAACAUAAGUGACUUGGACCUAUUGUGUUUUCGUUCUUCUUUUAUAACUUUACAGCUCCCUCUUCUGUUCCAUUGACUGAAAUGUAAUUAUGCAGUCGUUUUACACUAAGAACUAAGUAGUUUUUUAGUCGCUAACAUAGAAAAAAACAAUGCAGACUUACCCUUUUUUGUGUCAUAUUAGAGGCUUGUUGUUGUAUGAUUACAUUACAACUGAUGGAGCAGUUCUGAAGUUGAAAAAGACACUUUAAAAUGUGUUAUGCGGCCCAUUUAAAGGGAAGCUUUGAGAACAUUUCCGCAGCGAACACGUGUACAUGUUCCUCUGAAUAUUCCGCCUUUUUCUAGUUCUCCAUCAGGGCUUUAAAUCAACACACAACACUAAUUCAUUGGCAGAUGGUGACUUAAAACAUAAAUGUGUGAAUCAGUGCUUUCUGUUGUGUUUAAAGCAGUAUUGUAAUUAAGGAGUGUUAACGUGCAGGUUUUGCACUCAAAAUGCUAAUUGAAAUUCUUGAUCGCUGUUCCUGGAUGCAAUUCAACAGAUUGGAAUAAUAAUUUCACGGCCUGUCGACUUUAUUGGCCUGAGUGGGAUAAUUCAGACACUUCAGCACCGAGACGGGUGUUUUAAAUUUUAAUAUCGUCCCAAAAAUUAAAGCGAAGAAGCUCAAUAAAACAAAAAACUCAUAAUGUUAAUUAUCCGUGUUUGCCAUUAAAGUAGUAUUGGGGCUUCCCACUCACGUUGGGAAAGACUGUGAAAUUGUGAUAAAUAAUAUUGCUUGCACAUAAGUCCAGUUCGUAUCACAUUUACUAUGUUUUUUUUUACAGACGGAGACAAAAUGAGAUUUUACAUCUUACACACAGAUGUUUCUUCCAGAUAUGUGAAGAUGAGCUAACAUUGCUGUAACGUGCUCUGAUGUGAUGAAAGCAGUAUUAGCGGUGGGAUGAUGUUGCCGUAAUAUGAAGGAGUGUAUUUGCCACGUUUUUUUUUUUUAUUUCUUAACUAGUGCCAUUUGAAAAGGGUGGAGGUGUAAAGUGGAUGCCAGCACACUAAAAUCCCCCUUUUCAUUCAUUUCUACCCCCAUUUCUGUCGGGGGUCACUCAUUAUCUACUCCUAGUGACGACCCGCCAAGACGACACAAAGACAGAGUUACGGUUGUAAAAAAUGUUUGGUUAUUCAUGUCUUUAAUUCAGCUGUUUUGUUGAUUUUAUGUUGUACUAAUUACCGUCAGCCUAACCGAUGACAAUGUGAGCCUUCAGUGAUCUGUGACACUAUUUUUUUUUUGCAUCAUGAAAUGUCAUUUUUUUUAAUAUUACUGUCAUUGCUGUAAAGUAUUUUCUAUAUGGUUUAUGCAUGGUGAAAUUAAAUUAUUAAAUAUGGCUCUCAGCUGG